AUGUAUUCUAUAAAAGGAAACACAAAUAAGGAAAUAAUUUCUCAAUUUCAUUGUUCUGCUGCUGAAGGGGACAUUGCCAAGCUAAAAUCACUGUUCAGUCUUACUCCAUCUCUUCUUAAUGCAACUUCUGAAAAUGGCUGGACUGCCUUAAUGUAUGCUGCAAGGAAUGGGCACCCACAUGUUAUACAGUUUCUGCUGGAGAAAGGGUGUGACAGAUCCAUUGUCAAUAAGUCAAGACAGACUGCACUGGAUAUUGCUAAAUUUUGGGGUUAUAAGCAUGUAACUAACUUACUAGCUAAUGCUAAAGGUGGAAAGAAACCUUGGUUCCUAACCCAUGAAGUGGAAGAAUGUGAAAAUUAUUUUAGCAAAACACUGCUGGACCGGAAAAGUGAAAAAAGAAAUAAUUCUGACUGGCUCCUAGCUAAACAAAGUCAUCCAGCCACAGUUUAUAUCCUUUUCUCAGAUCUAAAUCCCUUGGUUACUCUGGGUGGCAAUAAGGAAAGUUUCCAACAGCCAGAGGUCAGGCUUUGUCAGCUAAAUCACACAGAUGUCAAGGAUUUUUUUACUCAACCUGAGAAGAUCACCUUGAUUUUUCUUGGAGUAGAACUUGAAAUGAAGAAAGAAUCACGGAGUUUUGCAAAAGAAGUUCCAGAAGAAGAGGAUGAUGGCUUGGUUGCCUGGUUUGCUCUAGGUAUAGAUUCGAUUGCUGCUGAAGAAUUUAAGCAAAGGCAUGAAGAUUGUUAUUUUCUUCACCCACCAAUGCCAGCACUUUUACAAUUAAAAGAAAAGGAAGCUGGGGUUGUUGCCCAAGCAAGAUCUGUUCUCGCCUGGCACAGUCGAUAUAAGUUCUGCCCAACCUGUGGAAGUGCAACUAAGAUUGACGAAGGCGGCUAUAAAAGAGUAUGUUUAAAAGAAGACUGCCCUAGCCUCCAUGGUGUUCACAAUACAUCGUAUCCGAGAGUGGAUCCGGUAGUAAUCAUGCAAGUUAUUCAUCCAGAUGGGACCAAAUGCCUUUUAGGCAGACAGAAAAGAUUUCCUCCAGAGAUGUUCACUUGCCUUGCUGGAUUUAUUGAACCUGGAGAGACUAUAGAAGAUGCUGUUCGCAGAGAAGUAGAAGAGGAAAGUGGAGUCAGAGUUGGGCAUGUUCAGUAUGUCUCUUGUCAACCAUGGCCAAUGCCCUCCUCCUUAAUGAUUGGUUGCUUAGCUGUAGCAGUGUCUACAGAAAUUAAAGUUGACAAGAAUGAAAUAGAGGAUGCCCGCUGGUUCACUAGAGAACAGGUCAUGGAUGUUCUCACCAAAGGGAAGCAGCAAGCAUUCUUUGUGCCACCAAGCCGAGCUAUUGCACAUCAGUUGAUCAAACACUGGAUAGGAAUGAAUGCCAAUCUCUAA